AUGAGGGGGAAAUACUUUCUGCUGGGUUACUUGUUGGUCAAAGUUAUGGCGCUGGUCUGCAAGGCGGACGGAGAACCAGGACAAGUGGAGGGCUUUGUCAUGAUGACGACGUGCAAUGGAUCCAGGGAGGACGAGGGCGCAGGCUUCUCGGAGCCCCCGCACACGGAGGACAGGUGCCGGGGGUACUACGAUGUGAUGGGCCAGUGGGACCCGCCGUUCGUUUGUAAAACGGGGGAUUAUCUGUACUGCUGCGGCACCUGUGGCUUUCGGUUCUGCUGCUCCUACAAGACCUCGCGGCUGGAUCAGAGCACCUGUAAAAACUACGACACUCCGGUGUGGAUGAUGACAGGUCAAACCCCGUUUAAGAAAAACGACCUUCGGCACGACCCCACCAAAGAUAAAACUAAUUUAAUCGUGUAUAUCAUCUGUGGAGUAGUGGCUAUCAUGGCACUUGUUGGGAUAUUCACCAAACUCGGUCUGGAAAAGGCGCACCGACCCCAGAGAGAGAAUAUGACUAGGUGGGUUUAUGGGGUUCUGCUGCUGUUGAGCGCGCCGCGAGCAUUUUUGUUGUGCUUGUUUUCAAGGAGCUUGCUUGGUGCGCACAUGUAGGCUAGAGCGCGCGCCACAAUAAUAUUUGACGCUUGAGUUCUAGCCUCACGCUUGCCAUGUUUAUAUUGGUAAACUACUAUAGGCUACCUCAUUCUAAUAGCGUUGUCCCUGAAAUAAGAAAUCGAGGAUAUCAUCUAAACUUGGUUCUUGUUUAAAAUUAUAAUAAGACAUCACCCAAUCAAUGAAUUUUACGCGCACAAUAAAUGCCUCUUCAGUGGAUAGAAAGUAGCUGUCAUCGACAGUUUAUUAAUUGGACUAGAUUGUAUAAUGUCAUCACCUGUGUGGGCUACUUGCCUGAUUCAUUCGCAGAGAGCGCGAGGGCGUAUGUCUCUUGCCGUGGAUAGCCACAUGCUCUCUGCUCCGCAACAUGCGCAUGCUAUUCCUUUAUUUGGAGAUAUUUCUCUAACAAUGGAUCAAUAGGUCCUAUUCGUUUUCGUCAUGAAAAUGUCUUAAUUCUCAGAAUUGUAUAUUUUUCGAAUUAAUGUGGAACCCGCUCACUCAACCACACAGUCAAAUUAACUAAUUCAUAUGAAAAUGUUGCUUUAUUUGAAAGCAGAGAUGCAAUAUUUGAUAUGAUGUGAUCAUCUUGAACUCGCUUCCCUGUGCACACAACUGUGCAGCAUGGUUGUCAUGAAAUCAAGCAUUAUGCACAGUUCUUCAUAGAAUAUAUUUCUUUGUCUGUCUGGCCAUUUCUUACAUCUGGAUAAAUCUCUCUCUCAUUCUCACACAGGGCUGUCCAGAGCGUGUUACAGGUCGGUUGUCCAGGUGAACAGUUCCAGGGGGAGGACACCCUUGGCAUGCACACACAGCACUAUGACACAAGGGCCAACAACCUCCGUAAGUUUCACAGUUUUGGCCCUAUAGGCAGUUGUUUUUGGUGGUAUGGUUGUGGACAGCUGUGUGUGGAUGUAUCUGCCACUGCAGAGACAUUUGAGACUGGAAGGGUUGGCCAUGGAGGCCCCGUUACAGAAAAAUAUAAUGUGGGCAGGUUGCCUGGUUGCAUAUUGUACACAGACUCUCAGUGAAGCAUUUGGUCUGUAAGGGUAUGUAUGGGUUUCAACCCUUGUAUCAUAGCCAGGUUUAUUAGUUUCAAAUGUGUCAUUCAUUUUAUAAUCUUAGAUGGAGGGAAACAAACUGCCUUCUGCUUUGUAAAUCCAGUGAUAAUUCACUGUUUUAUUUUUGUCCCAUGCCUACAUGAUUCAAGAUGUGUAAAAAGGUGGGGGGAGAGAGAGCGAGAGAGAGAGAGAGAGAAAUAAAUAAAUAAAUAAAGCGAGAGAGAGGGAGAGAGAACAACCGAGCAGUGUGAAUGGCAUCUAUUUCUGUUGCGUCCCGUGGGCUGCAACCACAGUUAUGGGCUUUGUAUUUUAACACAGAUCAACCAACUCAGAAACACAGAAGAGUCUUAAUCUGGAGUAUUUAAUAAACAUCUCAUGCUGUUGUACUACUGAUUCUGAUUCCAGUAUGAUUACAUCACCCCCUUUUGUGGCUGGAUGUGUUUCGACCUAGAAAUUGAAAAAUGAUCCAAACACAAAGCAAGUGGCACAUCUAAGCCUCCCUCCUACUUGAACAUUUUUAUUUUAAGACUUACUGACUGAGACUGUGAGUGUAGCUGACAGUGGUGUUGUCAGUGGAAUUUGUCCUUUUUUCUUGAUUCUAUCAAACACAAUCAGACUGACACACCUUAUCAUCCGGUGUGACGGUACUGGGCUCCUAACAGCUCUCCUUCGAAUCAUUUUAAAGUAGGGGCCUUUGUCUCUAAUGUCUUCCGGGGUGCUGGUGUCUGCUGUCAUCGAUUAUAUCUAGAAAUAACUGCCACUGAUGCUUCGAAGAGGCAGAUGUACCAGGUCUACCUGGCAAUGAAAGUUUCAACCUCAAGGGAUCUUUCCUGGUAAAAAAAAAAGGUUGUAUACUGAGUGUACAAAAUAUUAGCAACACCUGCUCUUUCCAUGACUGACCAUAGACUGACCAGGUGAAUCCAGGUGAAAGCUAUGAUCAGUUAUUGAUGUAAUUCAAUAUUAGGAAGGUGUUCCUAAUGUUUUGUACACUCAGUGUAGAUAGAUAAAGUACCAGACGUGUGGAGGUCUAAAGCGAGACUCUCUGAAGUACGUAUAAUAAUGUAUGCUAGUUGGCUGUGGUCCUUGCUCUUUUUGGGGGAAUGGGGGGGGGGGGGGGGGGGGGAUAAAAGGUUAAUGUGGAUGUAUUACAGUAUUUGCCUUGAAGAUACAUUUAAGGUAUAAGCUAAAUCUUGUGAGAUGCCGAGUAAGGUGAAACACACUACUGUUCACAGUUCGGCUGUGUACGUCUCUUGUUGAUCACAUUCUAUUUAUAGAGCAGACCAUCAAUUGAUUAUAGUUUAUGGCCAGAUUACCCUGUUACUGACAUCAUCAAUAGAUCCCAUCUUAGGUGUCCUCACCCAGCUUUGGAGAAGAAUGCCCAUGGCAGUUUGUAAGGCUGAUAGUCAUAACAAUCACUGUUUAUGCAGGGCAAUGGUGGAUAACAUUUUGGGAUUAGCUACUUUCUCCCCCAAGCAUUUUCCCCAAGCACCUCUGAGUAUAAGUUAAGGACAAGACUAGAGCAAGCGUUUUGUUCCUAACGUCGCUUUGUUUUGACAGCAUAUGGGAUGUUAUGCGUAAAAACCUUUUACCAUGUAUCGCUCAUGUGCGACGUCUCACACAACACAUCAACUAAUACAUCAGAGCUCAGAUCUCGUUAUGUUAAACCCCAUGAGUACUGGGGCCUCUGCUCUGUACCCCUUUGCACAUAAAAAAUUGACCGUUUAGCCCUGAACCAAUCAGCCCUCCUAUCCCCUGAACCAAUCAGCCCUCCUAUCCCCUGAACCAAUCAGCCCUCCUAUCCCCUGAACCAAUCAGCCCUCUUAUCCCCUGAACCAAUCAGCCCUCCUAUCCCCUGAACCAAUCAGCCCUCCUAUCCCCUGAACCAAUCAGCCCUCCUAUCCCCUGAACCAAUCAGCCCUCCUAUCCCCUGCUGGGCUGGUGAUCUCAAUGUAAUGUAAUCACAAAACUGAAUACUUUUUUAGAAUUCUUAAAGAGCUCAAAAUCCUGUGUCUCUGAGCCUUCAGCAUCAAAGCACAAAGUGAAAGACGGAGUGAGAGAUUGAAAUUGAAAUAAAGAGGGAAAGAGACACAGAGAAGGAGAGAGAGAGAGAGAGAGAGAGAGAGAGAAGGGGAGAGGUAGAGAGACAGAAAGAAAGAGAGGAGAGAGAGAGAGAGAGAGAGGACGACAUGUCGAGACUGUCAGAGAGGAUCAGUGCAAUGUCAACAGUUAAAUAUAUUUUGAGUGACAAAAGUUGACAUACUGCAGGCAGAAUGUAACCUCGUUUACAUCUGUGAAGGGCAAAGUGUCAUACAAGCUAUAUGAAGCCACUGCUGCUUCUGGUAGAAUUGCAAAGAAAAAGUUUGUUGUUCUUCACAUUGUCAAUCAACCUGAACUCAUGUGGGACAUUGAGAAAAAUAGAGGAUAUAAAUGUAUUAUUGAGAGCCCCAGAAAGAGAGCAGGGUAGGCUUUCCAUCCGUUGGCUGACUGAGACGGUGAUCUGUAUUCACAACUCAUGUUCACAAAGAUAAUUACCUGCCUAGCAGUUAUAAUCUUCCCUUAUCUCCAGAUAUGCAUUAGGCACUUGUUAUAUUUAAUAGGUAAUUGCUUGAAGACCAAACAGCAUGAAGAAAGGCUCUGUCUGCAAAACAAUCUCCACUCUUGAAUUUCUCUAACCUCAUCUACUGUUUAUUAGUUAUGCCAAAAUGGAUCACCUGCAGCUGUGUGUGUGUGUGUGCGUUGCGUAUAUGCGUACGUGCGUGUGUGUACGUGGUGUGUGUGGUGUGUACGUGGUGUGUGUACGUGGUGUGUGUGUGUGUGUACGUGGGGGUGUGUGUGUACAUGGUGUGUGUGUAUGUGGUCGGUGUGUGUGUGUGUACGUGGGGGUGUGUGUGUACAUGGUGUGUGUGUACGUGGGGGUGUGUGUGUACGUGGUGUGUGUGUACAUGGUGUGUGUGUACGUGGUGUGUGUGUGUGUGUGUACGUGGGGGUGUGUGUGUACAUGGUGUGUGUGUACGUGGGGGUGUGUGUGUACGUGGUGUGUGUGUACAUGGUGUGUGUGUACGUGGUGUGUGUGUUUGUGAACGUGGUGUGUGUAUGUGGUGUGUGUGUGUGUGUACGUGGUGUGUGUGUGUGUGUACAUGGUGUGUGUGUGUGUGUGUGUGUGUAAGUGGGGGUGUGUGUGUGUGUGUAAAAUGUAACACUACUGCUGGGUUUAUCAGAUCAGAGUUUUGUUGAGAGGUACAACUUCACCUGUCACCAAAGUCUCUUGUGUCAGUUCUUAUCCGGACUCUUCCAUCCUGACUCCUUCAAAGCCAGGCAUCCUGGAAGCAGCCACAGACAGGCAUCCUGGAAGCAGCCACAGACAGGCAUCCAGGAAGAAGCCACAGACAGGCAUCCAGGAAGAAGCCACAGACAGGCAUCCAGGAAGAAGCCACAGACAGGCAUCCAGGAAGAAGCCACAGACAGGCAUCCAGGAAGAAGCCACAGACAGGCAUCCAGGAAGAAGCCACAGACAGGCAUCCAGAAAGCAGCCACAGACAGGCAUCCAGAAAGCAGCCACAGACAGGCAUCCAGGAAGCAGCCACAGACAGGCAUCCAGGAAGCAGCCACAGACAGGCAUCCAGGAAGCAGCCACAGACAGGCAUCCAGGAAGCAGCCACAGACAGGCAUCCAGGAAGCAGCCACAGACAGGCAUCCAGGAAGCAGCCACAGACGGGCACAAAGCAAAGGAAAAUAAAGAAAAUGUUCCUUUUCAAUGUGCAGGAACAGGAGCAAGCUAA